ACAGCCCAAGUCCUGGCACCUCUACUGCAGUAUUAAGCGGGCUCUCAAACCUUGGAACCUUCAUCGCGAGAAUUUACGGGAUUAGACGCGGGAGGGGGAGAAGACUUUUGGCGGCUGACAAAUGACAUCUUUCAGAUGUCUAAGGCUUCAGUCUCCGGUUUAAGGUAACUUUCGGGCCCCACUGCGCGUGCGCGCACGUGGCUCCACCCACUUCGUCCGGGACCUGACUCCCCAUGCUGCCUGCACGCCUAACUGCUAAGGCUAGAGUGCUCUGGCCAUUACUUGGGGGAUCCACUCCCACCCUUGUGUGCCGUCGCCUCCGAGAGCCGCAUCUCCAGAGACGAUGCGCGGCCGCCAUCUCCUCCCAGCACCCAGCGGGCCUGAGACGUGGGCUUCCUCUUGGCCCGACGGCGAGUGGGGGUUACGAAGGAAGGGAUGACUUGGAGGAGCGUUUUCUGUUUCCCGAGUACGUCCCAGAGCCAGAGCCCGAACCCUCUCUAGAAGAGCAGCUGCGGGAGCUGCAGCAGCGUCAGGAGGAGGAGGAACGACAGAAGCAACAGCAGCGGGAGGAGCGGCGGCAGCAGAAGCUACGCGACAGCCUCCGGGUGCACCCGGUUGUGGGGCACCCGGACCCGACGGUGCCGCCCAGCGGCCUGAACUGCUCGGGCUGCGGGGCGGAGCUGCACUGCCAGGACCCUGUCGUGCCCGGCUACCUGCCCAGCGAGAAGUUCCUUAGCGCCGCGGCGCAGGCCGACGGUAGUCUAGCGCGGAUCGUGUGCCAGCGGUGCUGGCUACUGGUGCACCACCGGCGCGCCUUGCGCCUGCAAGUGAGCCGCGAGCAGUACCUGGAGUUGGUGAGCGUUGCGCUGCAGCAGCCCGAGCCCGCCCUGGUGCUUUACAUGGUGGACUUGCUCGAUUUGCCCGACGGCUUGCUUCCCGAUCUGCCCGCGCUGGUAGGCCCAAAGCAGCUGAUCGUGCUGGGGAACAAAGUGGACCUGCUGCCCCAAGACGCGCCCGGCUACCUACAGAGGCUCCGGGAGCGGCUGUGGGAAGACUGUGCCCGCGCCGGGCUCCUGCGGCCCCCUGGCCACAGAGGGCCACUGCACCCCAGCGGGGGCGGGCCACUAGAUAGGGAGGAGCGUUCGAAUCAUUCAGCCAGGUCCGGUACUGUACUCAGGGACGUGAGGCUUAUCAGCGCCAAGACUGGCUAUGGAGUGGAAGAGUUGAUCACUGCACUUCAGCGCUCCUGGCGCUAUCGCGGCGACGUCUACCUGGUUGGUGCUACCAACGCUGGCAAGUCCACUCUCUUCAACACGCUCCUGGAGUCAGAUUACUGCAUCGCCAAGGGACCGGAGGCUAUUGACCGAGCCACUAUCUCUUCUUGGCCUGGUACUACAUUAAACCUACUGAAGUUUCCUAUUUGCAACCCAACUCCUUACAGAAUGUUUGAAAGGCAAAAAAGGCUUAAAAAAUUUGCAGCUGAAGCUGAAGAAGAUCUUAGUCAGCUAGAACAAAAUCAACUUCGUCUCUUAAAAAAGCAUGGUUAUGUAGUAGGAAGAGUUGGAAGAACAUUCUUGUAUUCAGAAGAACAGAAGGAUGAAACCACAUUUGAGUUUGAUGCUGAUUCACUGGCCUUUGACAUGGAAAAUGAACCUGUUAUAGCUGCAGAUAAAUCCACUAAACAAGUAGAUCUGACCCCACAAGAUGUGAAAGAUGCCCACUGGUUUUAUGACACCCCUGGAAUUGCGAAGGAAAAUUGUAUUUUAAAUCUUCUAACAGAAAAAGAAGUAAAUGCUGUUUUGCCAACACAUGCCAUUGUUCCAAGAACUUACGUGCUUAAACCAGGAAUGGUUUUAUUUUUGGGUGCCAUAGGCCGCAUAGAUUUCCUACAGGGAAGUCAGUCAGCUUGGUUUACGGUUGUGGCUUCCAACUUCCUUCCUGUGCACAUUACUUCCUUGGACAAGGCGGAUGCUGUGUACCAGAAGCAUGCAGGUCAUACAUUACUCAAGGUUCCAAUGGGUGGAAAAGAACGAAUGGCGGAGUUUCCUCCACUUGUUGCUGAAGACAUUACCUUAGAAGAAGGACUUGGGGAAUCCGAAGCAGUGGCCGACAUCAAGUUUUCCUCUGCAGGUUGGGUUGCAGUAACGCCUCAGCAUAGGGACAGGCUACAUCUGCGAGCCCAUACCCCUCAAGGAACAGCGCUGACAGUCCGGCCCCCGCUGCUGCCACAUAUCGUCAACAUCAAAGGACAGCGCAUCAGGAGAAGCGCUGCCUAUAAAACCAAGAAGCUUCCUUCCCUUGUAUACAAUCUGCAGAAGAAGAAACAGAUGAAGAUGUAAAGCUGUCCUUGCUCUUGCUGAAUAUUUUAGCUAAACUACAUAGCUAAAAUUUUUUUAUUAUUCAUUAUUCUGCCUGUUUGAAAUGUACUCAGUUUGUAAAUACAAGUUUUCUUAUAGGGUGUGUACAUACAUGUGACCCAAAGACUCAUAUAUCUAAAGAGGAGUUCUGCUACAUUCGAGUUUCUCUCACUACUAUCUUUUUUUAUUGAGAACAGAUGUCAUUUCUUAUUUGCAGUCUAGUUGAGGGGACAGUUUAGCAAUUGGCAUAUGAAAAAGUGGAAAAAAAUCAAUUUCUCCAAAUAAGGUAGACAUGAGUAGGUGGCUCUGCACUGUGUGGUCAUCCAAGGUUCCAGCUGGUGGAACUCUCCGAGGCUUCCAUCUCUAGUCUGGUGUUUGCUCAAGUGGCCAUCCUUCCCUAGUGAGGGGGAAGAGGGGUGGAGAUGAAGAGCAAGCAGCUUCCCUGUUUAUAAGAAGGGGCAGAGCCUGAAGGUGCAUACGUCAUUUCACACAGUCCAUUGGUCAGCAGUCACGUGGCCAGACCCACCCACAAAAAGCUGGGAGAUGCAAGGGAGUGGGGGCCAUUUCAGAUUUUUAGUGCUGAACACUAGAGAACAAAAAGUUUACCUUACAUGAAUUAAAAGUCUCUGAAAUUUUAGGUAAAAAAGUUUCAAGUUAUAUCUUGUUAGCAUCCAGUCUAUUCUGCAACUAUCAGGGAGUUGAACCAUUUUCACAUUUGUAUACACUGUGUAACAUUACAUUAAUCGGAAAUUUUUACCUUUUUUAUUUCUAGAUGAAUACAUACAAUGAGCAAUUGGCAAGUAAAGUCCCAGAUGCCUUGCCAGGAAUUGAGAUAAAUGCUAGCGGGAUAAGCUGGCCUGAAAUGCAGUCACGUCUGUGAAGUUCCUAUAGACUCAGGUUUAACAUAAACUUCUUUAAAUUGUUGUAUUUUAUUUUAUUGAUUUUAGAGAGAGAGGAAGGGAGAGAAAUGUCGAUUGGGUGUUCCACUUAUUUAUUUAGAGGAUCGGAAGACACUAACCAACAGAGCAACUCAGCUCUGGCGGCAUAAACUUCCGUUCUCUGUCAAUGUGUACCCUCUGGCCCCCCUGCUCACCGAGUCCUCUUAGAAUAAAUGUAACUUGUAAAAACUUUGUAGAUCUCGUGAAUGCUAUUGGCAUCUUGGGGAAGGUAGCUUUUUAUGUUUAAAACUGCACUUAAGUGUGUCGCCUGUCCCUCAUCCCCAGGUAAUAAAUGCCAAUCACCGCUCCCCUGACUCCUGCAGUCACUGUGGCAACCUAAAAGUACCGCUGACGUUCCUCAACUCACCCUCUAGAGGGCAGUAGCUCCCCAACUUCAAAUUGGUAGCUGAUUUCUAGUUUUUCAUUAGGGCAGAAUGAAAUACCAUUAUUUUUACAAAGUUAAAUUGUGGCCAUUAUAUUUUUCUCUGCUGUUCCUAGUUUGGAGCUUAGGCCUACUCUUUAGAAAAAGUGAAGGAAAUAUGGUAAACUUGGCAUUUUGUAGAGAAAUACAGAACCUAAAAGCUGAUGGCGUCAUUACUCCAGUAACUUCUCAAUACAUAUUUUAGGAAGAACAGCACUCCUCCGUCUUCUCUCUAGGCUUUUAGGCCUCUUGCCUAACAAAAAUUCCAUUUUUUAACAUUCACAACUGAUAUUCUCAAGUCUCUUACCUCUAAAAUUCAAUGUUUUUGUUUCAUAAAUCUUAUACUGAGGCAUAUCUAAAAAUGUUCCAAGGUGCCUUGCUAGGAGUUUUAAACAGUGCAGUUUACUAAGUUUCAGUUUCCCUAGUUAUGUUAGUCAUUUCUUCAGGUCUUCAUUUUCUCACCAAUAAAGUGAGGAAAUGGCAGAGUUUUCUCAGUCCUAACCUUUUACAAUUCUCAGUAAAAAAGCAGGAAAGCCGGGAAAGGGUAGUUCUGACACCUCAUACACAAAAAAGGCGCACUGUGUGCUUAGACAGCCAAGGACUUCUGCGAGACUCUGGCAUUAAUUUACUUCAUGUUCCGCUAACCUAAUGCAGCCCACGAUCACUGCCGGCCUAUUCAACUGUGGAUUUUGCUUUAAGAAAAUUGGUUUCUGAGUCUUAGUUUACUGUUGCUCCUUACUCCAUUAAUCUAAGUAUAAAGAUUUCCCUUGAAUCAGUAAUCAGUUACACAUGGCAGCUUGCAGGAGUUGGUAAAGAAGACAAAUUAAUGGCUAAGUGGCAGGACAGCCCCCUUACUUCCACGGAACGAGUUGUUCUGAAUGGCGAGGAAACAAUUAAGCAAGUUUAUACUAGAUCGUUUACUCGGUUCUGCAGCCUUGUGGUGGUCGAUACGUCACUUUUGUAUUCAUGACACUGAAAAAGACAAAGCUUGUGCCCUUAAAGGGCUUGUUACUUUCUAUGUGAUACUUGGUUUUAUUUUUUAAAGUUACGCCUUUUUUCUCCUUUUUAAAACAGCACCAUUUUUUCCAGUUACUGAGACGAAGUUCAGUUUAACAUACUUUGCAUUUUUAGUCACCAUAAACGGCAAGCUGUACCCAUCACCAGGGCUUUACUGUGUAGUUCCCCAGAGUCUACAUUUGUUUAUGUUACUUGCAACACUUCCCAUGACCAAGGAGAAGUGGCGUACAGAUGCAAUGUUGUGCACUUGUGUGUUCUGAUCAUUCAGACACUUAUUGCAAAAGGGAGCUCAAGACGUUUCCUGCAGAUGAACUUGGAGCUUCAGCUGUCCCGGCCGUGGCAGGGCUGUUGUUGCUUCACUGGGUAGGCACCCAGUGCCGAGGCGAGCUGUUUCGUAGACAGCCUCUGAUCAUUUACCCUGGCUGCCCUCCCACUUGGCUCUGCCUCGUGGAGCAAUAGAAUCAUUUCCAUUCUUUCUCAGACUGUUCCAUUUUCUCUUGGCUGCUUUCCUCCUCCCAGGGGGAUUGUUUUCCCUCAACUGUCAGCAAGUAAUGCUUAAACAUUAAAAACAAGACUCCAGAGUCAUGUGAAUUGAGCAGAUAGCACCUCUGCCUGCUCUUAAUGUCUCUCUGUCAUUGUUGUCUGCCCCAUUAAUGACCUGUAGUGGCAAGGGACUGGUUCACGAUGAAUACCUGAACAUCAUAUAGGAAUGAUGCCUCACUUGUCCCCUUCUUGUCAAAGAGCAUCCAUUUAGUAAAGGAAUCUCACUAUCUGAAUAUUUCUAAGUAUAUGUUUAGAUCAUCCUUAAAACACCCAUGGCUUGAAACUCUGUUUUUCAAAAGCUUCCUUUUACUUCCCAAAUAAUUCUCAGAAUUUAUCUUCUGGGUAAUGAACCCAGUAGAAGAAUGUACUGGGUCUUAACAUUCUCAUUGGUAGACUCAGUAGAUAUGAGGCUUAAUCACAAACAUCAGCAGUACCUUCAGCCUAUAGCUAGAGUAAAUUUAAGAAAACCGAGGCCACGAAGAAAAAAAAGACACACAUGUGCUAAAGGACACAUCAUCAGGUGAUUUGGGAAGUGAAAAACUGCCAUGAUAAUUUGUUUUCAGUAGGUCCUGGAAAAUAGACAUUCAAUUAGGAGAAUGAAUUAGGAGAAUGAGAGAAUUUUUUGUUUUGGUUGUUUGGUUGGUUAGUCUGUGUCCCCCUUGGACAAUAGUAAGAGAGCAGGCUUAAAUAAGCUUAGCAGGAUUUACACUUUUCUAGAGUUUCCUCCUUUCUUGCAUAAUGGCAGUAGUACUUCACAUUAGCUGUGUUUCAGACUGCUCAUACAUAGUCCCUCUAGUCAUACAGUAGCCCAUGUACCUUAUCAUUUAUUUCUUUACAGUCCUGUAACAGUAGCUAACUCUUGCAUUGAGCCAGGCACUAUUUGGAGUGCUGUACGUCUAUUAAUUGAAUCCUUACAACAACCCCAUGCAGGAGGAAUUGUUACCUGCAUUUACAGAUGAGGUCACUGAUGCCCAAGCCACUUGUCCAGGGUUACACACCCUAGUAAGUGAUGGAGCUCUGAUUCAAACCCAAGCGGUCUAGCUUCAACACCCAUGUGGGGUUUUUUAAUAAUAUAGUGAAACUGGUUUGUUUACCUUUAGAUAUACAGUUCUACAGAUUAUAUUUGUAUAGGUUCAUUUAACAACCACCAUAAUCAGGAUACAGAACAAGCCCACCAGCACCCAUGUAUUUAAUCACUAUACAGUACUUCUUCUAUGUAUAGAGCCCAUCACAUAUCUAAGCACCAAAACUUUUCAACCUCAGCAGCAAAACAUGUUAUCUCAGAAAAAAAGCACAAUAACUCACUUGAAAGACCUCCAAAAAAAUGACACAGUUUUCUUGUUAACUCUGUGACUGCCAUUAAAUUGUCUUUCUAGCUUUCUUUGAUUCCUACCAUAUACAAUUCUACCUUAAAAAUAUUUAAGAGCUGGGAGGGGUGUAUGUAUGAGAUGCUACAUCCUUGUAGUCUUACUUUACCAAUGCUACCUAAACCUAAACAAAUGUCCCAGUGUGAUUUCCAUCUUACCAUCUCAGGUAGCUUUAAAUCGGCUGUGUUUACCCUGACCAGUGUGACUCAGUGGGCUGGGCAUCAUCCCGCAAACCAAAAGAUUACUGGUUUGACUCUCCGUCAGUGUACAUGACUUGGGUUGUGGGCCAGGUCCCUGGUUGGGGGCCCCUGAGAGGCAACCUACCUUGCACAUCAAUCUCUUUCCUCCCUCUCUUCCCCUCUCUCUUAGAAUAAAUAAAUAAAAUCUUUUAAAAGAAUAAAAAUAAACUAAGUAAAUUCA